GUCCGCACGGAAGGUCGGACCUACUUCCGCGUUUUCCGGAAAUCGCUGCAGCAGCAGGGAAAUGUGAAGCAACAACAAAUGCUGAGUCUGUGCUGAAUGAUACAGUGGUGAAAGUUGAGUAGUGCUGCACGGGCUGUACAUAACCCCAAUAAAUCGUUGAUUUAUUGUUCAGCGUAUAGCAGAGGGUCGACCACCAGGAAAAGCUGUCGCAGUCACGCAUUUCUGAUUGCAAGAGAAUACUGCCUGUUCUCAGCAGACUGUGAAAAAUGGGUCGAGGUCGAAGCAAAUCGCGCGACAGAUCUCCUGGGAGGUCACGGAGCAGACAGGCAGAAGAGAAGAAGGCUGAAAAGAGGAAACGCAGAAAAUCUUCCUCAUCAUCAUCCUCAUCCUCUUCGUCAUCCUCCAGCUCUAGCAGUGCCAGUCAGAGUCCUGCAAAGAAGAAUGCUCGCACAUCCAGCAAAAGCCAAGACAGAAAGCAGGAGAAGCGCAAGGCCUCCAAGCGCCAACGGAGCUCCUCUUCCUCCUCCUCGUCCUCCAGCUCAUCCUCCUCCUCGUCCAGUGAUGAAGAGGCCCGGAAGAAAAGAAAGCAGCGCAAGGCCAAGAAGCGCAUGAAGAAGCUCAAGGCAAAGGAGAAAAGGAAGGAAAAGAAGAGGCUGAAGAAGGAGAAGAAGAAGAUGAAGAAGCUUAAAAAGCUGGCAGAGAAGUCUGAGCUGGGCACCGCUCCUGGAGGCCCGCCCCUCUCUGUCUCCGUGGCAACGCUGGCCCCUGGUUGCCUGGAGACGUGGCAGAGUGAGGAAGCUGUAGAGCAGGGACCAGCCAUGACAGACGAGCAGAAGGCGCGACUCUCCACCAAGCGACCCCUCACCAAGGAGGAGUAUGAGGCCCGGCAGAGUGUCAUCCGCAGGGUUCUGGACCCAGCGACAGGACGCACUCGUCUGGUGCGAGGAGAUGGUGAAAUUCUGGAGGAGAUUGUCAGCAAGGAAAAACACAAGGAAAUAAAUAAGCAGGCCACCAAGGGUGAUGGAAACGCUUUCUCCAAGAGGAUGGGCAUCAACAGGUAGAGGAGCCCUCCGUCUCCAGCCCUGUGUCCUCCAUCUUAAAACUGUCUCUCUGCGCUCUGGUCCAGGGAGAGGGAGAGGGAGAGGAAGAGAGAAGGAGCGCUGUCGCUCAGGGCAGGGGUCCUGGAACCGAUCCCUGUGGGACUCUGUGCCAAUUCAAACCCCACUACCCAAGUGGUUACCCUCCUGCAGCCUCUCUGCUUCAGGGAUAGUGGGGGAAUCAAAAGACAUUACGUCCAUUCCAUGCCAUUCUUUUAGACGUCAGAUUGGAAUGUCAACACAAUGUUAAGACUAUUUGAUGUACAGGUCAAUGAGAGUUUUUUUUUGGACUGAGAUGUCGAGUGGUACAAUCACAGCUAAUGCCCAUGAAUAAAUUAGUAAUUGGUAAUUAAUGUGCUGCAAUGAAUAUGCUUCUUAGGUAACCCACUAAAAACAACAUAAAUAGAAUCCUACAAUAGUGGCAUUUGCUGUGGUUGCUCCACUCUGACGUGUGCUACAACAAAAACGUCCUUGACCCAUACAUUCAGUACUGUAAGCUAACGCUUUUAAGCAAGACUUGAAGUAAAACCAAGCGUUAUCUCCUCCACAUGGAAUGAAAGUGGAGAAUUGGACUUCAUGCCGUAACGAUGUCAUAUGUAAUGCAAGGCGACUCAUAAAACACUUACUUCAGCUAAGUCUCACUGCCAGAGUUAAGUGGUGGAAUCGGGAGCAACUGUUUUAGCAAUAUUGCUGUGCUACAAUUAGACUUACUUCUUAAGAUAAGACUAUGGAAUGUUUCUUCUGCUCAUUGAUAUCUAAUACGAGUGAUAAAAUCUCCAAAUUACAUGUUUUUUAUGUUAUGCUGAAACUUUCAUGUUCAAAGAGUUUCAAAAUUCAAAGAGUUGUAUUGUGUAUCAUUGUAUGAUCUGCUAUGAAAACAACAUGUAAUUCAUUGGGACUGGUUAUAUCGUGCAUGAACUUGAAAUGUUUCUCACCUAGUACAUCUGCUUCUACCUGGUGAUGCCUAAUGAGCUAUUAAGGUUUGAUGUUAAUACAACCUUAAAAGAUGCCAAAUAAGCUCUUGUUAUUCCUGAUAUCGUACUAUAAAUCAAGAUUUUGAUUGGCAGUAGCUGUGAGGUUUGACUUCCGUUCCAGUAUUCCAGAAGGCAAACUGUAGUGUCUGACUGGGUAUGUGAGAGCAGAUCAAACAAUGAGUCUUGACUGAGAGAAGUCUAAUGUUGUUGGCUUUAGUUAACUGAAAUUUUAUUUGAGUGUCUUGACAACUCAUUUUCAACUAAAUGAACCCUGAGUGAUCACUAAACCAUGCAUUCGUAUUGGUCAAGUGAGCUCUCUGUGAAAAGUCAGGAAAAUGUGCACAGUAAUGACAGUAAUAAAGCCCUGAUGAAAUGAA